AUGGGCCCCGAGAAACGCAGCUGUGAGGCGCACAAGUCCCUUUUACUCCAAGCCUUGGAAAUGAUGGCUCUGAGGAAAAAGGGCUCCACACCGGCAUUCAGACCUCGGCUCUUCCCGAGGCCUCCUUGGAGCCCUCCCCCUACUUCACCACAGAAAUCUCCGCCCUCCUCAGCGGCCAGCGACGCCGCAUUACUGGGUGCAAGAAAAUACGCCAUCCCUGGCACACUGCGCAGGCGUCGUAUGCCACCUCCCCUCUGCGUUAUGGCCGCGCCCCCUUCCCCCCCCUCCCCGCUCCCGUCGAACGCAGUCGAGUCCGGAGUGAGGAGCACGGGCGCCGGAGCGGAGGGAGAGUCUCGAGCUACAGCUUGCCGCCGCGACGGCCACCGCCUGGACGUCUGCCCGGAGGGAGCCGCAGAAGAUCGGCCGCCGCGGUCCUCGGGAGGGCUUCGAGACCGGGGCCCGGACCUCCGUCUGGGAGGGAUUUUUCGUCGCCCCCCUCCCCCCGCGAGGGAGCCGGAGCGGCCGCCAAACAAAGGUACCAGUCGCCGCCACGGGAGGAGGAGGAGCUGGAGCCCCGGCCGCCGGCGGACCCGCAGCUUCUUCGCCAUCUCUCCCCCGGGCCUGCUGGUGUUGGGGGGGAGGCGGAGCAGGGGACUCUGGCCGCAGGGCUCAGACCUCGUCUACGCCGGAGGUAGGGGCAUUAUUUUUCGUGGGGGAAGCUCCGGGCCGGGCCGCGCAUCGGGGCAGAUGGCUACGGGGCUGAGUCGGCGCUCGCAGCGGGGCCUCGGCCUCCCGGGACCCCCGCCCCCCGCGGCGCCUAGCCGGAGCCGCCCUUCCCGGGCCGCACCGUGA